AUGUCACAGAUCCCAGCAGGCGCCGAGGGCACGGUGGCCGGCGUGAUGCUCUACUGCUGCCUCUGCUUGAUCGCCAGCCUCCUGCUGGUUUGGCUGACAUGGACGCACCAUGAGCGGACGAGCUAUGUCGCGAUUCUCUCGUACUUUGCGACGCUCAGCACCACGGCCUCCCUCGUCCAGCAAGUAUACGACAUUACGCGGUACCAUGGUCUCGUCGAGGAACAGUUUGAGAACCGCAAAAUGCACCCUCACAAUCCCGAGGUUGCCAUUGCCAAUGGAUCCGUUGGCGUCAGCCUCGUGUUGUACUACAUCCAAUAUUAUUGCUACGGCGUCGAGGCCAUGGCCGCUUCCCUUGCCCAGUCUGUAUAUGGGCUAUCGUCCCGACCGAAGCUCAAGAACAUCCUUCGCCGCAUCAACCGCGGAGGAAAACUAGCGGCGAUACUGUUUCCCCUGGUCACCACCCUCCUCCUCCGAGUACCUCAAGUGCAAGACAAGUUUGUGUCAUUCAUCCUACUUGCCGACCUGCCACUCAUGCUUAGCCUCUUCUUCGGCUGCAUCCUCAUGAUCGCCAUCCUCGGUCGCUACAUCCACACGAAGCGCAAAUUCGUGCACUGGAGCCACGAUGAAGCCUCCUCCACCGGGCACGACCUCUCGGCACUCGGAGGAGGCCGCGGCACCGCAUCGACCGCACGCCCGCGACACAAGCGAAAGGGAAUCUGGGACCGCUGGCUCAUGGUCCGCUUCACCAUUGCGUUUGGUGCCCUGAGCGUCUUCGAGGUCACAAACACCCUCUUCCAGCUGCGUUCCGUCACAAAUGCGCAGGACGACUCGGCGGCGCGCGCGCCUGACUUGUCCGCCGAGAAAGUCAGGGGCUCCUGGGUCUUCUUCAUGCCCGGUGCCACGCCGGGGUUGCUCAUGUUCGUCGUAUUUGGCACGACGGCACCGUUGAGAAGGCACAUGUACGAGACCUUUGUGCCGCGUCGAUGGCGGAGGCAACAGCAGGAGGGAAGGGAGAGCCCACCGGAUCCGGCUGUGCCCCUGGAAAGACGGUGGUCGGAGCGCGCGCCUACACCGCCACCAAAGGAUUGGCCGGUCUUCGUUGAAGUAAGGCGACUGCCGGUUCAGGACAAGAUGGGAGGGUCGCGACGACCCGGCAGUGACGAGGCGCCCAUUCUGGCUGUCAAGCGACAUGAGGAGCGGCAUGGUGGACGAGGCUGGGGAGGGAAACAUACAUGUAACGAUCGUCGAGCCUGA